AGAAAGCACACACAUUUGCUGUGUUGAAAGAGCUUGCUGCUCUCCUGAGGUAGGCGAGGUACGUUUCAUUAGCAGGGACUGAAAGGAUCUUCUCCGACACCAGACACGCUGAGCACACUGUGUGAAGACAGGAUGUCACAUGGCAAAAGAAUCCAGUACAAAUAAUUAUUUAAGGAACAUUGUCUUACGCAAGCUCAUUCAGAGGGGAACAAAACUACAUUGAAGAGAGAAAUCGCCCCAACUGAGGACUGCAGCGAAGGCAGAGGAAGUAUCUGCAGGAUGACCUCAUUACAUCAAGUGGUAUAUUUUAUCUUUGUUGUCUCAGUUUCUGGUGGCUGUGUCCCUAAGCUCUUCAAAGACACUUGCUUUCAAGGAGGUGACAUUGGUACUGUUUUCACCCCGAGUGCCAAGUACUGCCAACUGGUCUGCACCCACCACCCACGGUGCCUGCUCUUCACGUUCAUGGCUGAGUCAUCUUCCGAUGAUCCUACCAAAUGGUUUGCUUGCAUCCUGAAGGACAGCGUCGCAGAAACACUGCCAACGGUAAACACGACAGGAGCAGUUUCUGGAUAUUCGUUCAAGCAGUGCCCUCAGCAAUUAAGUGCUUGCAGCAAAGAUGUGUAUGUGGACCUAGACAUGAAGGGCAUGAACUACAACAGCUCUGUCGUGAAGAACGCUCAGGAGUGCCAAGAGAGGUGCACCAAUGAUGUCCAUUGUCACUUUUUUACAUACGCAACAGGGCGUUUUCCCAGUGUGGCGCAUCGCAAAACUUGUCUUUUGAAGUACACCCAAACGGGGACACCAACCAGAAUAACAAAGCUCAAUAACGUGGUAUCGGGAUUUUCACUGAAGUCCUGUGGCCUGUCUAACGCGGCUUGUAUUAGGGACAUUUUCCCGAACACGGUGCUUGCGGACCUCAAUGUUGGCAGCGUGCUGGCCCCAGAUGCCUUCGUCUGUCGACGCAUUUGUACACACCACCCCACUUGUUUGUUUUUUACAUUCUUUUCCCAAGAGUGGCCGAGAGAAUCUCAAAGACAUCUUUGCCUCCUUAAAACAUCUGAAAGUGGAUUACCAAGCUCACGCAUCCCAAAGAACAAUGCGCUUUCUGGCUUCAGUCUCCAGCAUUGCAAGCAUAGCACGCCAGUAUUCUGCCAUCCGUCCUUCUACAACGACACUGAUUUCUUGGGAGAAGAAUUAGAUAUUGUUGAAGUGAAGGGCCACGAAACCUGCCAGAAAACGUGCACCAAUGCUGUCCGCUGCCAGUUUUUUACCUAUUCCCCAUCUCGAGGAUCUCGCAAUGAAGGGAAGGGCAGAUGCUCCCUAAAACUGUCUUCAAACGGAUCUCCAACUAGAAUACUUCAUGGGAGGGGAGGCAUCUCUGGAUACACUUUGAGGCUGUGUAAAAUGGAUAAUGUGUGCACAACCAAAAUCAAGUCCAGGAUUGUUGGAGGAAGUGCGUCUGUUCACGGUGAGUGGCCAUGGCAGGUGGCCCUGCACAUCACCUCGCCCACCCAGGGACACCUGUGUGGAGGCUCCAUCAUCGGAAAGCAGUGGAUACUCACAGCCGCUCACUGCUUCUCUGGGACAGAGGCAUCUAAACACCUGCGUGUCUAUGGUGACAUUGUGCACCAAUCAGAAAUAAAUGAAGAUACAACUUUCUUCAGGGUUCAAGAAAUAAUCAUUCAUCAUCAAUAUAAGGCGGCAGAAAGUGGGUAUGAUAUUGCCCUGCUGAAACUGGAAUCAUCCAUGAAUUACACAGAUUCUCAGCGGCCGAUAUGCCUACCUUCCAAAGGCGAUGAGAACGUACUGUACACAGAGUGCUGGGUGACUGGAUGGGGGUACGCCAGAUCAAGAGGCGAAGUACAAAAUACUCUCCAGAAAGUCAAGAUACCAUUGGUGUCAAAUGAAGAAUGUCAGGCAAGAUACAGGAAUCAUAAAAUAACCAACAAGAUGAUCUGUGCAGGCUACAAAGAAGGGGGGAAGGAUGCGUGCAAGUUAGCAAUCAAGACAUGCCCACAGGCCAAUCUGAUGGUGGCAGCUCUUCAGCUGGAGUUCCUUCUUCUCAGAUGUGUGAGCUUGACAGCUCAGACUAACCAUUGUCACCAGCAGGACACAGGGGAGAUUCUGGAGGGCCCCUGUCCUGUAAGCACAAUGGGGUCUGGCACUUGGUGGGCAUCACGAGCUGGGGUGAAGGCUGUGGCCAGAGGGAAAGGCCAGGUGUCUACACCAAUGUGGCCAAGUAUGUGGACUGGAUUUUAGAGAAAACUCAAACGGUGUGAAAGAGUUCAGUAGGUAUCAUUUGGUGGCCCUGGAAGAAGAGAGGACAUGACCCCAGUGACGAGGACACUGGGAUGCUGUAUCCUCCACUGUAACAAACCGAAGGGGCUUGAUGGAUGUAAGAAAGUACAGAAAGAAAAUUGAUUUUUAGAACUCCUGAUCUGCAAGAAUCAUAGACUGUUUUCCACAUCCCUCCUCUACUCAGUGAGACAAAUGCAGCUGGGAGGUAUAUUUUAAGAUAAAAAUAACAGCAGAUGUACUAAGAAAGUAUCGCGCAGAGGUGCUGUUUGCCUUUUAGUCUCUGCAACAAGUACCUGAAGCCGUUCAGGGGAGCUUCUCUUGUCCACCUUUCCAGAGGUUCCAGCCUGUGAUCUGCUUGACUGGCUCCAUUGCUUUAGCUUGAGGUGGGGCAACAGGAGCCUGGAAGAGUUGCUUGCUUCAUGGUAGCCAGAAAGCAAAGGGAAACGGGGACAGGAAAGUACUGGGGACAAGACUGGUCCUUUAAGGAACCAGUACCAAUCAUCUACUUCUUCCGGUGGCAUCCCUUUACCUUCCAGUGUAAAGUUCCCACUCCUUCCCAGAUCACACCCCCGACUGGAGACAGUUCACAUGCGAACCCUAGCAGCUACCAAGAGACCAGAGGGAAAUGCCAAGAAACCAUGUAAAGGUUGGUGACUGCAAAAUCAAAACCAGAAGAAAGGCAGACAAGAGCACACAAGGACCACGUAUAGGAACCUGUUCUUCUCUGCCUAUAUCGGAUACGGAAGAUGCCGAAAUGAAGAGAGAUGUGAAGGCAGGGGGCAAGACUGGUACAGAGACUCGGCAGAAAUGAGACAGCACGUGACAACAUGAACGGGUGGACGGAACAUCCUCUGCUGUUCUAGGGGUGUCUAAGGAGUGACACUCACCCAUACGGGCACUGGGUCUGGCUACUUAGGGAAGCUGACAGAGUUCAAUGGUGGGUUUUAAGAAAAAAAAAAAAAAACAAAAUCUUUGUUAGAUUUUUAAGUGUGUAUAUGUCUCCAUGUGUGUUCAUGUAUGUGCAGGUGUGGGGCAGGGCGGAGGCGGGGCAAAGAUCAGCCUUUGCAUUCUUCCUCAUGAAGCAUUCAGCCUGUUAUUUUGAGGCAGAGUCUUACUGGAAUUUGGAGCUUCCUAAUUAGGCUAAAAAAGCUAUCCAGUAAGUUCAGAGUCCUUUCUCUCUCUACCUCCCAAAGCUGGGAUUGAGAACACGUGCUGUCAUGCCCAGCUUCAAUUUUUCCCUCUCCCUCUUUGUGUACACACAAGUGCAUGCACAGACAACACACACACACACACACACACACACACACACCAUAAAGUGUAUGUAGAGGUUAACAGACAAUCUUUGACAGUCUUCAUGAACCAAUUCUCUCCUUCCACCCUGUGAGAUCCAGAGAUGGGCAUUCGGUGUUCAGACUCAGUGGCAAAUAUCUGUACCAAUUUAGCCAUGUAUCAAGCCAGCUGGCCUGGUUUCCUGCAGAUGCUGGGCAUCAAAGCCCAGUCCUUAUGUACGCCCAGCAAGCAUUUUGACGGACUGAGCUCCCCAGUGGCCUUUUCGAUGUUCUCUGUGUAUUCCCUCAAAUCAGUCUAGACAAGCACAAUGGAUGGUGUGAAAGCAGACUCCAUAAUUUCCAUAGGGCUGUGUUUAGGAGGAGCAACUCCCCAAGAGCUGGCACCUUGACGAUUCAUCUUGAUGUGCUUGUCUCGAAAAGCCUCUCUGCACAACCUAUGCUCCCAUUGUCAGUAUUUUGGUAAAGAACAGAUUGAUGGAGAUAAGGUAGACAAGCCAAAGCCUCCCUGAGAUCUGCUAGAGAGUGCAUCUCUACAGAGAGCUGAGUAAUGAAUGCGUUCAGCAGAAAUGAAUGUCGAAAACAUACAUAGGACAGUAAAAGAUAAUUUAGGAGCCAACAUGGUUUGGGUAUAGUCUUCAGCAUCCUCAAACAGCUCCCUAUAUUCCUGACUUUCUCUAGGCAUGGGGCAAUAACGUAGUGUUUGAACUGAGAUGACAUCAUUUUCAAUAACUAUACAAGCUGUGUAAAAUGACAAACAUCUAUUGAACACAAUUAUGUGACAGUGUCUCCUGGAGCUUUGGGGAUUUAGGCAUUGUCAAUAAAUUAUUUCUCAUUUCAUGAA